AGUGGUACACACGUGAAAACAGUGCUGGAGCUGUGGCUGAGCGAGCGAGUGAGAGAGUGGAGUGAGAGAGAGAGACAAUACCAACACGGAGUGGAUUUAAGAUCCAUCUGCCUUUCUGAAGCGGCUGAUUUAUAAAGCUCGAGGCCUACCUCCAGAGUGUGAGGAUGGAGGGAAAGGAGCAGAAGCGACACCAGCAGAAACACAGCGGUCCCAAAGCUGAGAAGAAGAAAAAGAGAAAGCAGAGGGAACAGGGGGCAGAGCAGGAGCAAGAUGAACGCAAGAGGAAUCCACGAGCGUUCGCUGUGCGUUCAGCAGUGCGCAUGGCCAGGAACUUCCACAGAACUCAAGAUUUAAAAACUAAGAAACAUCAUAUCCCUUUGGUUGACCGGACACCUCUUGAGCCCCCACCUAUUGUAGUGGUCGUAAUGGGACCUCCAAAAGUGGGCAAGAGCACCCUUAUUCGCUGCCUGAUCAAAAACUACACACGCCAGAAGCUUGCCGACAUCUGCGGACCUGUAACUAUAGUGUCUGGGAAGAAACGGCGUCUGACCUUCAUUGAAUGUAACAAUGACAUCAAUACAAUGAUAGAUUUGGCGAAAGUUGCUGAUCUGGUUCUGAUGUUGAUAGAUGCUAGUUUUGGCUUUGAGAUGGAGACUUUUGAGUUCCUCAACAUUUGCCAGGUCCAUGGCUUCCCUCGUGUCAUGGGAGUGCUCACACAUUUGGACUCCUUCAAAAACAGCAAGUCACUUAAUAAAACCAAGAAACGCCUCAAACAUCGCUUCUGGACUGAAGUCUACCAGGGAGCCAAGCUGUUCUACCUAUCAGGGAUGGUUUAUGGGGAGUACCAGACGCGGGAAGUGAAGAAUCUUGGACGUUUCAUUUCAGUCAUGAAGUUCAGGCCCCUGGUGUGGCAGACCUCCCACCCUUAUGUGGUGGCUGAUCGAAUGGAAGACCUGACAGAUCCAGAGGCUAUUAGAUUAAAUCCUAAAUGUGAUAGAACUGUAUCUCUCUAUGGCUACCUACGAGGGACAUUCCUGAAGAACAAAUGCCAGGUUCAUAUUCCAGGUGUGGGAGACUUCUCUGUAGCGGACGUCAGCUUCCUUCCCGACCCCUGUCCACUGCCAGAGAUGCAGAAGAAGAGAGCUUUGAAUGAAAGAGAGAGACUGCUGUAUGCUCCCAUGGCUGGGGUUGGUGGGCUGGUGUAUGAUAAGGAUGCUGUGUACAUAGACAUGCCUGGAAGCCAUGUCGGUCAGCAACAGGAGGAGGUGCGACCCACCACUGAGCUGGUGCAGUCUCUCAUGGGCACACACACCACCUUAGAUGCAAAGAUGGCUGCCAGCAAAGUUUCUCUGUUCACAGGAACUGCUGCACUGACCCCAGAGGAAGUGGAGGACAACAGCAAUGGGAAGCAAGGCCCCGUGGAGAGUCGCGUGUGGGACGCUGAGACUCAGAGAGAGAGGAGGAAGGCUAUUUUCGCUGAGGAAGAAGAGGAAGAUGAUGAUGAAGGAAGUGAUGAGGAGGAGUCGGAAGAAGAGGAUAAUGAAGAGCUGGAGAGUGAAGAAGAAGAAGAAGAAGAAGAAGAGGAGAUGGAGGAAGAGACUGAACAGGAGAAGAAGGAGGUGAGAGAGGAGAAGAAAGCCGUGAAAGAGGACGCUCCCCCUAUAAAAAGACAAAAACUGGAGGAGAAGGCACAGGGGAGCGGGGCAGUGGUGGAGAUGCCGGUGUUUGCAGACAGUGAGGAUGAGUUGGAGAAGAGUGAGGGAGAGGAAGAGGCUGAAGAAGAAAAGUCAGACGAGGAUGACGAGGAAGACGAAGAAGAGGAGGAGAUAGAGGAAGAGGAGAAGAAGAAAGAUAGGAAAGGCUCAGCACCUCCAGACUCUGGACACUGCUCUGAGGAGGAUACUGAUAGCGAUGAUGAAGAAGAGGAUGAUGACAGUGAAGUGGAAGAUGACGAAGAGGAAGAGGAAGACGGCUCAGAGGUGGAAGAACAAGGAAAUGUUAAAGCACCUGGAAAAGAGGCCGCAAAGUCAAAGAUGGUCCCUGCUGAUGAAGAGGUAAAGAUGGAUGUUGAAGAAGAGGAAACAGAGCCAGAAUCGGAAACUGCAGGAGCAUUACGGUGGAAAGAAGAUUUGGCCCAGAAAGCCACAGAAGCAUAUUUGAGACGACAGCGUGCUGCUCCUAACCUGCGCAAGCUGGUUUAUGGAACAGUGGUGGAGGAGGAAGAGGAUGGUGACAAUGAGGAAGAGGAGCUGGGAGGUCUUUUCCGAGUUAGUCGGCCUGAGAAAAGUAAAAAAGUUAGAGCAGACGCCGUAGACUGCUCACGUUUCCAGCCGGAUGCUGGACAUGACUGGGACCAGGAAGAGAUGCUGGCCUCCAUAAGGGACUGCUUUGUCACUGGCAAAUGGGAGGGAGACAAAGACGCUUCUACUCUACUUAAAGAAGAUGAUGAGCUGUACGGAGACUUUGAAGACUUGGAAACUGGAGAGGUUCACAAAGCAAAGGGAGACAAAACUGAGGAGGAAAAUGAUGACGAUGAUGAAGAAAAUGAGGAAGAGGAGGCUCCGUUAGUUAAGGUUGAUGAUGCUGAAGCUCAGAAGAACAAGCGUCUGGAGAAGAAGAAGAGACUGAAGGAGAGGUUUGAUACAGAAUAUGAUGAUGGAGAUGCCACAUAUUUCGAUGACCUCAAGGAGGAGAAGCAGAAACAGGCUGAGCUGAACAGAGCUGAGUUUGAGGACAUGGAUGAUGAAACUCGAGUUCAAUACGAGGGAUUCAGGCCAGGCAUGUAUGUGCGUCUGGAGAUUCCUGCUCUGCCAUGUGAGUUUGUCACCAACUUCGACCCCCACUAUCCCAUCAUCCUUGGAGGUUUGGGAGCCAGUGAAGGCAACAUAGGCUACCUGCAGAUGCGUUUGAAGAAACAUCGCUGGUAUAACCGCAUCCUAAAGACCCGGGACCCGCUCAUCCUGUCCCUGGGCUGGAGGCGUUUCCAGACCAUCCCCCUGUACCACAUUGAGGACCACAACGGCCGCCACCGCCUGCUCAAAUAUACUCCUGAACACAUGCACUGUGGUGCCUCCAUCUGGGGGCCCAUCACACCUCAGGGGACAGGCUUCCUGGCUGUUCAGAGUGUUGCAGGGACUCAGGCAAAUUUCCGCAUCGCAGCCACUGGAGUCGUCCUGGACUUGGACAAAUCUGUGACCGUUGUGAAGAAACUGAAGCUAAUCGGAUACCCUUAUAAGAUUUUUAAGAACACAUGCUUUAUCCAGGGAAUGUUUAACACAGUGCUUGAGGUUGCCAAGUUUGAGGGCGCCUCCAUCCGGACAGUCAGUGGGCUCAAAGGUCAGAUAAAAAAGGCUCUGCGCACUCCGUCUGGGGCCUUCCGCGCCACGUUUGAGGACAGGGUCCUCAUGAGUGAUAUUGUAUUCCUACGGUCCUGGUACCCUGUGUCGGUCCCACAGCUGUAUAACCCAGUGACAUCUCUGCUGAUGCCAGUUGGUCAGAAAGACGCAUGGACAGGUAUGAGGACAGUUGGACAGCUCAAGCAUGACUUGGGGAUAAAAAACAAGCCCAACAACGACUCUCUCUACAAGCCGGUGGUGAGGCAAAAGCGCCACUUCAACCCACUGCACAUUCCCAAAGCGCUGCAGAAGGCCCUGCCCUUCAAGAGCAAGCCUAAAAACCAGGAAGCCAAGGGCAAAACACCCCGAGACCUCCAUAGACCUGCUGUAAUCCGGGAGCCCCACGAGAGGAAGGUGGCAGCAUUGCUCACUGCUCUGGGUACAGUUUAUAAUCACAAGAACAAGAAGGCCCAGGCGGAGCAGCACACGAAGCACAAAGACUUCCUGAAGCAGAAGGAGAAGGAGGAGGAGGCGAAGCAGAGGAGGCUGAAGGAAGAGCGAAAGAAGAUCUACCGUGCCAUGGGACAGAAGGAGAAGAAGAAGCUCAAGUCCAGCCUGAAGGGAGCUUCUAAGGAUGACUGAGCAUGUGCAGAGCUCAUACUGUACCUAGCCUGCUUCACUUUCAUUUGGGCUGUUUUAAUAUGAGUCAGUGACUCAUUCCUGAUGCCAGCUGGUCUGUGUGGUGAGGAUCCAGUGUUUGGAUUUGCAUAGUCAUGUGAAAGGCUGGCAUUCUGUGUCUUUAAAAAAAUACUGCCUCCACAUGAGCCGGAACUGCCUGCAGCUACUGCCUGCAUGAGACUGAAAGUACUGUGGGACAAUCUCUGAAUCGUGGAAGAGUGUAUAGACUUCUUAUUGACAUCCAUCAUAUCAGUUUAAUACCAUACAAGUGGUUCAUAAUGUUCAUUUAAUAAAAAAAAAUCAGUAUUUUUCUGACAA